AUGGAACCAACUGCAGACACAUCAGAAAGCGCUGGGAGCGCAGAAGUCCCACAAUUAGAUCCAACUGCAGACACACCAGGAAGCGCUGGGAGUGCAGAAGUCCCACAAUUUGAUAUUUGCAUUAUCCUUGACUGUACAGGAUCUAUGGGCUCAUCAUUCCCCCAAGUUAAAGAAGCUAUUACUUCAAUAGUAAACAUGUAUAUGCCAAGAGGUGUAUCUACUAAUUUUGCUAUUGUUGGGUAUACAGACCAUGCCGGUGACAGUGGAAAUUUAGAUGGAAAUAAUCCAGUUAUUAUAUAUCCACGGUCAAAAAAUAUCAAUGAUUUUGUCAAAGAUGAUGCAUUGCAGUUUUUAAAUAAUUUAGUCGCGAAUGGAGGUGGCUCACAAUAUGGAGAAGCAAUGAUUGAUGGUAUGUAUAAUGCAAACCAUUUGGUUUAUAGACCAAAUACACCAAGAAUGUACUUUAUUAUUGGUGAUGAUACUCCGCAUGGCAGCGAGUUCCACCCAAAUACUCAAUAUCCUAAUGGGUGUGCUUGUGGACAUGACUGGAGACAAUUACUGAGAGAAAUGAAAGAGCAAGAGGUCUUGCUUAAGUUUGUAAAGCUCAAUGAUAUUAUGAAUAAAACAGCAGAACUUUUUGAAGCAGAGUAUGGAGAAGAUAAUAUGGAAACCUUUUCACAAGCUUGCAUAAAGAAUUUAUCGUCAAUUGUGGCAGAUUCUGUUGGAUCAGUUAUUGAAUAUUAUCUUGAGCAAGCUCGAAAUAAAAAAAAAUAA